GUACACCAGUGAAAGCACCCUAAGCGUGACACACGGGGUAGAAGAAAAAAAAUCACUUUUAUUAUUGUGGAAACUGUCAAAACAGACCAGCCAAGACAAUGGAGAAUGUUGAAGACAGAAGUGCUCGCCUCCAAAAUUUAAAGCAAGAAAAGGAGGGUCUCGAUCCUGCUUUGACACUCUCAAAGAAAGUCAUAAACGAUGAAAUAAAAAGACUUGAAGCUGGCAUAAUACAACAACCCAAAUAUAUUGACAUAAUAACAGACAAGCCUCUCAAAUUGGAAGUCAGGGUCCUUAUCCCUACUGAAGAACAUCCAAAGUUUAACUUUGUCGGCAAACUUCUUGGCCCGAGAGGAAAUUCCUUGAAGCGAAUGCAAGAAAUGACUGGAACGAGAAUGUCUAUACUUGGAAGGGGGUCAUUAAGAGACAAGAAAAAGGAAGAUGAAUUGAGGGAAGAGGGAUCAGAGAAACAUGCCCAUCUUAACGAAGACCUCCAUGUGUUAAUAGAGGUCUACGCACCGGCAGCUGAUGCCUACAACAGACUGGCGUAUGGCAUUGCUGAAGUGCGCAAAUAUCUCAUCCCGGACCCUAAUGAUGAAAUCAGACAGAGUCAGCUCAGAGAGCUCGCCAUCAUCAGUGGUUCCUACAAUGAACCUCCAGCAGGCACCGGACGUGGUGUCAGUAAUGCUGGUUCCAGAGGUGCAAUGUCCCACCCCGGACCCAUGGGAAGGGGAGCUCCUCCUAAUAUGCAUGGGAGGUUCCCCUCACCCCCACAGGGUCCACAAGGCCCCCCUGGGAGGCCUUUUCCUGGUCCUCCUGGUGGGGCGCCUAGCCCUUCUAUCAGGGGAGGAGGAGUCGCAGGAAGUAGAGGGGGUUAUCAAGGGGGCUUUGGAAGGCAGCAACAAUCACCGGGGCAGUUUAAUUCAGGUAGAAUGCCCCCACCACCGCAAGGAGUGCAAGGCGAAUAUAAUGAAGGUUACAGUGCAAGGGGAGAAGGAUUCAACACUUCAGGAGGUCCUUCUGGAUACCAAGGUAUGACAACUGAUAACAACUUUGGACAAUCGGGCUAUGAUGAAACCGCGAAUACCUCUGACCCAAGUGACAGUACACUUGAGACGUGUUGGAUUCUGCUUUAUGCAUCUACCAAGCAAGGGUUGCUGUCUUAUAUUACGCCGAAAGAUCUACCCACCAAGGAACGUGACGUUUGGGAGAAAUUCUUCAGGAGUCGGCUUCCUUAAGGACCUCAUGAGAAGGAGAUGUAACGACUUAUAAGACAUGACACAGGUGAAACCAUGCAAAGCCUCAUUUUUUCAUUUUUUUUAACAUGGAUUUUAUGAAAUAAUUCACUUUUUUUUAACCCACCUUGCAGCCACUGCCAGUAUUUGGUCUGGUCCGAAUCAUUUUGUAUUUAUCAAUCCCUGGUGACUAGAUCAUCCAAACAAAGUGGCAGCGAGUGAUUUGUACACAGAACUCGGGGGGAAGUACACAUUUGUGCAAGGGUAAAAACAAGCUAUAUUCUUUAUCCUCAAUGUAUGUCUGCUAAUAAAGGGGAUUGGAACUGCUUCUAUAACCACCGGUAUAGCUCGAUGCUUUAAUUGGUAAGACAUCUGCUUUGACAAUGCAAGGUCUUGGGCUCGAAUCCCACCAGAGUGAUGUAUUGCCUGUUGAUUUUUUACCACAAAACUGGGAAAAUUUCACAUCUGUGUUUGGAUUAAAUAACAAGUUAUAAAAUGGCAGCUGAUUUUAUUUUUUGAAACUCUUAACAGUUACAGUCGUUGGUUUUAUAAAGGCUCGGUUAUACUUGAAGAGGUGCUUUUUUCAAAAUGUGUUUUUCAUUUCAAAAUUUGUGUUGCUGGGGAUACAAAACUAAUCAGAUUAACUUUAGCUUCUGGGAUUAAGACUGGAGUUGGAACUUCUUCUGUUCCUUGCUCUAUGCAAUAACGAAGCAUACAUGCUUGCUAGGGGUGUCGGAACACAGGAGUGUGAACCAGUGAAACAGUCGCAUCUCAAUUUAACAUUGUAAACAAUACAUUGCUCUAAUCCUUGAUUGAUAAACUAUAAUCGAUAGAAGUAAAUUAUAACUAAAUAAUUAUAGACUUUAUUAAACUAAUCAACCUCUUGCUUUUCUCAUGAUAGUUUGUUUUUAAAACUAUUUUAGCUUUUGCCUUUAUAUUAAAGACUUUGCCUAAAUCAAUUAUGGGAAUGAUGUAAUCCAAAAUAAUCAUAAAUUUCUGAUUAAUUGUUGCAUGUAUUACUCACACAAUAUCAAAAAAUUAACAACUCAUUAGCAAUCUAAUUAAACGUCAGUUUAUGGCAUAAUCAAGUUAACUCAUAGUGAAAUUAUUAUAAUAGUUAAUACUCAGAUUAAGUAUGAAGCCGUUACUCGAAUAAUACUCAGUUUGACAAAAAUAAAGGAUUGUUCAUAUAAUUUUUCUAUUUAAAGGUAAGGUAUCUCAUUGGUUGUCUAAGCAGAACUUUUAGACCAAUCAAUUUGCUCAUUUCAUUCAUUAUUCCAAUGUUGUUUGAUGGCACUAAUACACAAUACAUGAUUGGUGUAUGGGCAAAACCAAUCAAUAUCACUCAUUCAUUAUUAUUCAAAUUUAGCAUCAUAGUUUGGAGCGUUACCUAUAGUGCUAAAAUAUAAGAUUCAAACUGCCUCUAGCUACAGGGCAAUGUUGAUGGUCUAGUGGUAAGACAUCUGGCCUAGAAUGCCAAAGGUAUUGGGUCCGAAUCCCGCCCGAGUAAUAUGCUGGUGGAUUGCUUUCUUUCACGGGACUCGGGGAAAGUGCCGGGUACUCGACAAUGUGUGGGUAAAAAUCAAAUAACACAGUGUUAGAAAGGGAAAAAAUUGUGUGUUUGAAGUUUGGUUGUGGCAAUCCUCAAGAACAAAUAUGUACAUGUACUCCUAAGCAUUCAGCAUAUUCAAACCAAGCUUAAAACCACUAAAUUGCCCCUCUCUUGCAUGGAUAGUUUUCCUAAACUAAUGAUAUACCUUAUUAUUAAUUUUCGUAUAAAAUCAUAUUUGAUCAAAUAAAUUAAAUUAACUAACCAUUUCUAGCUAAAGGACGUUUAGGGAGGACUAAUUCACUUCAGAUUAUUCAUCAACCCAUGGUACUUUAAAAGAAUUCCAAUUAAAUAUAAUUAAAAUAAAAAGCCACAUCUCCUUUAAAUGAACACGUUUGGGAUUUACUCAAAUAUUAACUUAAAA